AUGGUUAGUUGCAAAUUGUGUAAAGUUACGAGUGGCUUCAGGUGUCCCCAGAAACCUGAAUUAAAGAAACUGUGGACAGACUUCCUUUAUCUUCACCUACGAAAUUCUGUGUCUGUGAACAACUUUUUCCUGUGUUCAUUUCAUUUUGAAGAAAAGUGUUUUGAUAGAACAUCAGCCCAGAAAGUUGUUUUAAGGCCACAUUCAGUACCAACUAUUUCUUAUACUUAUGAAGAAAGGAUUACCAAUGUAGUGACCUUUAGAGGCAAUGAAACGCAUCACACAGAAGUUUGUGACGCACCUUCGGUAGAGCCUCAACAGAAUAUAGAAGAUGAAUUGUCUAAUAAAGUUUUUGAAAUUACAAAGAAACUUGAAAAUUUAACAACAAAAACAUGUGCAAACGUUUUACUGAAACAACAAAUUAACAACCUGAAGACAUUAGUGUCACAACAACAAUGCACCAUUAAAACGUUAAAACGCAGAACCUCAAAACAGCAACGCAAAAUUUGUAAUCUGAAAGAUGUUGUUUCAAGUUUAAGGAAGAAAAUCAACUAUUAUGAAAACAACAGUGUGGAUGUUAAUAAAUUUCAGGAAAAUACAGAACUGUUGAGCAGAAUGUGGGCUAAAAUUAACAACAAACCAUUGCCAAAUCAAUAUGGGCCAGAAAUAAGAAAAUUUGCCGUUACAACACAUUUCUACUCCCCAAAGGCUUUUUCUUUUAUAAGAAAACAAUUCAUGGACUGUCUUCCACACCCAAAAACUUUGUCUGUAUGGUAUUCUUCAGUGAAUGGUGCACCAGGUUUCACAAUGUUCGAUGAAGUUGCUAUUAAACGCUGCAUUGAAUAUGAUGGGCAACAAUAUUAUGGAUAUGCUGAUAUGGGUAGUAUAAUCGAAGUAAAUGAAAAUGAAGAGGCCAAAGAAGCUUUAGUUUUCAUGCUGGUUGCUAUAAAUGGCUCUUGGAAAAUGCCUGUGGGUUACUUUUUAAGCCAUUCUUUAAAUAGUGAGCAAAAAUUAGGUUUACUAAAACAGUGUUUAUUUUUAGUAAAAAGUGUAGGAAUUGAAAUUAGCAAUAUUACAUUUGAUGGUUGUGCGACAAAUUUGUCAAUGGCAUCUGCAUUAGGUUGCUCAUUUAGCCCUUCUAAUUUGAAAACAAACUUUGGUGAAGAGAAUAUACUUCUUUUACUUGAUGCUUCACACAUGAUGAAAUUAAUACGUAACACAUUUGGUGACAAAAGAAAAAUAGUCGAUGGAGGAGUAUAA